CACGAGCAACUUGAAGGUUAUCAGAAGCGCAUUCUCGACUUGACACGAGAUCUGACUGAGCUGAAACGCCGUCGAAUGUCAGCGCCUUCCCAGCCAAAUUUAACGUAUCUGUCUCGAGAUUCUACAGCUCCAUCUCCUGCUCCAUCUAUUAGGAGUGAGUCCUUGGUGUCAGUUGCAUCAAACGAGAAUGAGAUCUGCCAACAGUUACAACAACCCCCCUCCAGCACCCUGCCCUACAUCCCCGAUUCUGUUCUCAAAUCUCUUCAUCCCUCUUCAGCAGCAACACUGCCUUCAUCUGCCACCCAAAAUCCCGAACGCUCCUUUUCUUCGGCCUUCUCUACCGCUAGUUUGGGUCGACGACGGAAGAAGAGUUUUAAUGCUCUUCGGGGUGGAAGUGGAAGUGAUCUAGCUGCUCAGAGAGCAGAAUUGGACGAGCGGGUAGCUUUUCUGGAACAUGAGCUCACUCGAUAUAAGACGUAUUCGAGUCUACUUGAAGCUGAGCUUACACGGCUCCAAAGAUUGCCUCCACAAACACCUGCGUCUCCUCAAGCACCCUACGGUACACCCGGACCAGUUCGUGGUUUCUGGCAGGUGUGUGGACCUUCUGCUGACCUUCAAGAGGAACCCUCAGAAGGAUGCAUUGGAGGUGGGGCUUCCCCAAUUGUUUCAAGUCUUCCACCUCCACCCUCUUCCAAACGCGGGUAUUCACCAUCGGGAAUGCGUCAGACGCGGUCUCAACGGAUGCAAUAUCGUCAGUAUCAAAUGCAGCAACGAAGGCAACAACAGCAACAGUUCUAUCCUCCUACUCCGAUCUUGGGUGCUUCAGGGCUUUCCUCUUCGAAUCCGCCUGUUCCGAAUGUUCAAAAAACGCAAACUGAAGAGGAAACCUUACCUUCAUACCCAUUAAUUGAGGAGAAUAAAAAGCCCGAGACUAUACCCACUGCUUUCUAUGAGGUUAUCUGA